AUGGCGCUAGUAGCCAGCUCGGUAGCAGCAGUGCUGGCGCUGCUGGCGUUGCAGCUUCCUGCAGCGGCGGCCGUGGCGGCAGACGGCUGCGACAGAACAUGCGGCGACGUGAGCGUGCCGUACCCGUUCGGCAUCACCGGCUCGGCCCCGAGCUGCUACUGGCAGGGCUUCAACCUCACCUGCGAGGACGACGACACGAGCGGCGGCAAACGGCUGCUGCUCGGCGACGGCUCGCUUCAGGUCAAAGACAUCUCGGUCGCCAACGCCACGGUGCGCGUCCUGCACACCGGCGACAUAAAGAUCGACCACGAGGGCUACGGCCGCGCCUUCGACGCCGGACUCAAGGACCAUGGCCCCUACACGCUGUCGGGCGGGAACGAGCUCGUCGUGGUGGGCUGCAACGUGUACGCCACGCUGCUGGAGAAGAACAACGACAACAUCAUCGGCGGCUGCGCCUCCUUCUGCCCCAACGACAUGCGCGACCUGCAGACUACCCGCGACGACGUGGCGGGCAACGUGGUGUUCAGGUGGCUCGGCCCCACGGACGGCGGCCGGAGCGACGCCGGGCUGCCGCGGCGCGUCUUCGUCGCGGAGGAGGGGUGGUUCCACCGGAACGCAGCGGCGAAUCUCACGUCCACGGCAGGUGCAGUAGUCCCCGUUCUUCUGCACUGGGUGGUCGUCGAGGAAGAUCAUGCCCCGGUAGCCGGCGAGCUGAAUUGCACCGACGAAGCCAAACGCCGUGUCUGCAAGAGCAGCAACAGCGAAUGCAAGAUGAGAGGCAGAGGCUAUACUUGCUCCUGCCAAAUGGGUUACAGUGGCAAUCCUUAUGUCCCCGACGACCAAGACGGAUGCAAAGAUAUCGACGAGUGCAAGCUGCGACCAGAACAGAUUAACUGCUGGGGGGAUUGUACGAAUACGAACGGAAGGUUCCGCUGCCGUUGCCCCAAGGGAACCAAGGGCAGCCCUGACGACCCCAAAGGCUGCGUCAAGGAUAACACACUGGAAGGUUUAGCUAUCGGGCUAGGAGUUGGCAGCUCUGCCGUGCUAGUUGUCCUAAUUCUCAUUCUGUUUUAUAUGGUGACAAGGUUUAAACAUCAGAGGGCAAGAAAGCAUAAAAAGAAAUUCUUUGAGCAAAAUCGUGGACAAUUGUUGCAACAGUUGGUAUCUCAAAGAGCAGAUAUUGCAGAAAGAAUGAUCAUAACUUUGGAAGAGCUAGAGAAAGCAACAAAUAAUUUUGAUAAAUCGCGUGAGAUUGGCGAUGGAGGACAUGGUACCGUCUACAAAGGGAUUUUAUCAGAUCUCCAUGUCGUAGCCAUCAAGAAACCAAAAUUUAUGGUUCAAAAAGAGAUUGAUGAGUUUAUCAAUGAGGUCGCUAUCUUAUCUCAAGUCAACCAUAGAAAUGUGGUAAAACUCUAUGGUUGUUGCCUUGAAACAGAAGUACCAUUGUUGGUCUACGAGUUUGUAUCCAAUGGGACCCUUUAUGAUCAUCUUCAUGCUAGGUCUUUAUCUUGGAACGAUAGACUACGUAUAGCCAUUGAAACAGCCAAAUCCCUUGCUUAUCUUCACUUUGCUGUUCCAAUACCUAUCAUCCAUAGAGACAUCAAGUCGGUUAACAUACUUUUGGAUGAUACUCUAACAGCAAAGGUAGCAGACUUUGGAGCCUCAAGGUACAUUCCAACGGAGAAAUCAGGGAUAACAACAAUGGUGCAAGGAACAAUAGGAUAUAUGGAUCCUAUGUACUUCUAUACAUCACGUCUCACAGACAAGAGUGAUGUUUACAGCUUCGGCGUCAUUCUUGUAGAAUUGUUGACUCGGAGGAAGGUAUUUUCUUCUAGAGGUGAUAGCCUUGUUGCAGAUUUUGUUACGCUGCUUGCGGAAGGCAAGUUAUCACAAAUAUUGGAUCCAAGAGUUAUCGAAGAGGGGGGCAAAGAAGUUGAAGAAGUUGCUACACUUGCGGUGGCAUGCGUGAAGUUAAAAGGAGAGGACCGUCCAACAAUGCGACAAGUGGAAUUGACACUAGAAAGCCUUCAAACAUCCAGGGAUCCUGUUCUAGUUAGCCCAGUGGUCGAGAGUUUUGAAAAGUUUGACCGUGCAAUGAAUUUCCCAUCAACUAAUGAUGGAAGAAACAUCGAUGAUUCAACCAACAGACAAGAUAGCUUAGAAGAGGAGUUCAUGUUAUCCACAGAGUACCCUCGGUAA